UCUUUUCUCUUCAUAUAUUUUUUGAAACUGUAAUAUCAUUCUUUACCCAAAUUAAUUGUAAUUGGUACACUUAGUUCUUAAAUAGUUUACCUAUUACGAAAUAGUUUAUUAAAAAUCUCAAAUUUUCAAAUACCGGCGGAAGGCGCCGCCCCCGCUGCACUGCAUCGCUCGGAGUCGGAGGGGUCGGCCGGCAAUGAGUAAUACCGUUUCUCGUGCUGAGUGACGUCGUGCAGCGGCUGCCGGUGAGCGGCUCGCAUCAGUCUGAUACAGCGAAGAGUCUUGACAGGACCCGCCCUUUGUACUGCACCCUCGCACUCGCGCUUACCCCGCACCCUAUUGAUCUGUACUAAUCUCCCCUAUAUUAUUCGGAACUGAAUUUAACAUGGAUAGCGCCGACGCUCUCCUUGGGGACCUCGCAAGCGGUGAUAAGGAGCCAUUCUCUGAAGGCAUAUCGAUUGUGAAUCAAGCCUUAAAACGUGAUCAGGAUUCGACGGACGACUUCGAACAUCUGGACCGCGAGAGCAAGCAGGAGGCAGGUGAGUCACCGGAGCAUCGUCACCGCGCGGCCACCCAGAAUUUCCUCGAUAUGGAACGCGAUGAUCUAUUCCUGGACCCGCCGCGAGCACCUUCUGUUGCCGAUAAGUUCUCUGAGCAGCUUGCAGACAAGUUUACUGAUAGUGAAUCCGAUGCAGACACUACUGGCGAGUCGCCCCUUCACCGCCCGGUGCCGCCUGCAGCGCCUACCGCUCCUACUCCUGAACCAGCACCUGCCGUGAUCAAGGAUCCAACUCCUGUGCUUGCACCGACGCUGGCACCCACGCCGGCACCGGCCCCUGCGCCAGUAGUUAAACCACCAGAACCGGUGGAUAUUCAUUUCGAUGUCAAGCCGCUGUCAAUUGUCAAUACGAAGCAGGAAGUACCCAAGCCUGAGCCGACGCCUCCACCUAAGCAAGAGCCGGCGCCGCAGCCCAAGCCAGCACCCCAACCGAAACCGGCGCAGCCCGAACCCAAACCUGAGCCACCACGAGCGCCCACCGCGCACGUCAUCGAGGCCGAAGUCAUCUUUUGUCAGAUGGGACUUGAUGCCUGGUUCGACCCGCAGAGGCUACAUCCUGAAGUGGAAUCUCUGAUCUACUGGCGAUCGCCAGCGCGGUCGGGCGCGGCGCUGGGCGCUGGUCUAGCGCUGCUGGUGGCUCUAGCAUGCUGCUCCGUGGUGUCGGUGCUGGCGUACGCCUCGCUGCUCGCACUCUCCGCUGCCGUCGCUUUCCGCAUAUACAAGAACGUGCUUCAAGCAGUACAAAAGACCAACGAGGGACAUCCAUUCAAAUGGCUGUUAGAACAGGACAUCAGCGUACCAGCCGAGCGUGCACAGUCCCUCGCCGCCGCAGCCACUGCGCACCUCAAUGCAGCCGCUAGUGAACUGCGCAGGCUAUUCCUAGUGGAAGACCUGGUAGACUCGCUCAAGUUCGGCGUGCUGCUGUGGUGCCUCACGUACGUGGGCGCCUGCUUCAAUGGCAUCACGCUCAUCAUUCUAGGUUGGAUAGCGUUGUUCACGCUGCCUAAGGCAUACGAGAUGAACAAGGCGCAAGUGGACGCCAACCUCGAGCUAGCGCGCGGCAAGAUCAACGAGAUCUCCGCCAAGGUGCGAGCAGCUGUGCCAUUGGGCAGGAAGUCAGAGAGCGAAAAGGACAAGUAAGCGCCAAAGUGCGGGCGAGCGACGCGACAUCGCGGGACGUUGCGACGUGACGUCACGCGACGCUGCGACGUGACGUCACGCGACGCUGCGCCGUGACGUCACACGACGAUGCCACGUGACGCGCGCCGCCGGGCGGCCGCGGGCUGCGAACACGCUGCAGACAAACACAGUUCUUUAAUUAGCGCCGGAGUACUUCACUCACUGUUUGUUAUAUUUAUUAAUUAUUAUUGUACUAUUAAAUAAAGACUACUUUAUGUGUAAAGCUUUAUGAGACGAGUCAUGCGGAGAUUAUUGUAUUACAUUUGCUUUUUGAAAUUUUAAAUUAAAAUAACUGUCGA